AUAUCCAUUUCCACAGCAGCAUUAGGUAGCUGUCAAUUGCAUCACCAAUCUUACAAUAAUUUUUACUCAAAAACAUUAAUUUACAGAAGAAGUAGAUAGGAACUCCUCCACUCUCCAGCUAGCAUUCUCUACUAUAAUGACACCCUCUUGCAGAGACGCUCUAAGGUUCAUCUUCCUCUUAUGGUCAUUUUAGCCUUUUAGGGUAAUUAGUAGGGGAGGAUGAAUCAGCGCCAGUGACCAAUUUCGUUACAAAUAAGAAAAGAAGGAAACAAAAUCAGAAGCAACAUCGUUAACAGCUCAUCUCCUGCGUGCUGUAGGAAAGGAGGGCGAAGGGGACCCAUGACGGCCAGACCUAGGAGGAGUUGACUUGGUUGGUGACCUCGCAAUUUCUGUAAAGUAUAUAUAUACUUGUUUAUUCAGAUUCGCCUUCCAGAUUCUACAUCACUGUUUUUCACUCUCUACUUCAUCUCCCAUCAGCACGCGGAAUAACUUCCAGCUUCUGGGUCUGAUUCUUUGAUUCUGGAGAAAGAGGCUCUGCAAUAUAAUAAGGUAAAAGAACAUAGAACACCGGAGGGAAGUUGUUAUGAUUCUCCGGUGCCUGGGUUUGUGAUUUCCCCAAAGUUCCAAAAUAUGGGGCAAACCCAGUUUGUUGUCUGGUUGUGGAGAAUGGGACAAAAGAAAUUUCUUUCCUUUGUGCCAAAAACCAGAAGCCCUCGUGGUUUUGAGAUGCUUUCUUUGUAUUCCAAAGGGUGGGAAGAACUCAGUCAAAAGGAAUAGAGUGAGCCUGUAUUGUGUUCUUGGUUUUGAGCCGCUUUUUUGUGUUUGCAUGUUUCGUUUGUUGACUUUGAUGCCGUGGAAUUUAAUGGCUGGUUUAGUCGUCGCUUUGGCACUCUAGUGGCCGUUAUCGUGAUCGAAUUCGACUCCCAACUUCCCCCAACAAUUUGCAUAAAUUCCAUGCUCUGUUCUCACUCCUUUGCAUCUCGGCAGCCUGCAGCUUUUGUUUUUCCAGUUACCAUUUCUCUUACCAAUUAGAUUUCUCUGAGGUUGGAAAAUGAAACUGGGUUUUCUUUAUUUUCUUUUUUACUAUGCGAUAUCACUGUUUCAUCAUCUAACUGUGAAUUCUGAUGCAAGCAGGCAGGGAGUAGGCAGGCACUUUUUGAUUCUGUAUCUAAGGGCUAAAGCGAUCACUAAUGGCUGAGAUGGCCACAGAAGAGGAAGAAUUUCUCACCAAAGACGGAACUGUGGAUUAUGAAGGGAAUCCUGCUGAUAAGAGGAAGACAGGAACCUGGAAGGCCUGCCCCUACAUCAUAGGAAAUGAAUGCUGCGAGAGAUUGGCUUACUAUGGCAUGAGCUCCAACCUCGUGCUUUACUUCAAGAACAGGCUCAACCAAAGCAGCGCCACUGCUACCAAAAACAACUCAGACUGGAGUGGAACGUGCUACAUCACACCCCUUCUUGGAGCAUUUCUGGCCGAUGCUUAUCUCGGUAGAUACUGGACCAUUGCUGGCUUCUCAAUCAUCUAUGUCUUUGGUAUGACGCUUCUGACAAUGUCAGCAUCAAUGCCUGGCCUGAGACCAGCAUGUACUGCAGAGGACAAGUGCCAAUCCACUGAUGGCCAGAGCGCGGUUUUCUUUGUAGCUCUCUACAUGAUAGCUCUAGGGACGGGAGGGAUCAAGCCUUGUGUGUCUUCCUAUGGGGCUGACCAGUUUGAUGAUGCCGACCCGGUUGAGAAGGAGCACAAGGCUUCUUUCUUCAACUGGUUCUACUUUUCCAUCAACGUUGGUGCCUUGAUUGCUAGCUCUGUGCUGGUUUGGGUCCAGGACAAUGUGAGCUGGGGAUGGGGUCUUGGGAUUCCAGCCAUAGCCAUGGCGAUUGCUGUUGUUAGCUUCUUUACAGGUACACGGAAGUAUAGAUAUCAGAAACCUGGAGGCAGCCCUCUAACACGAAUCUGUCAGGUGAUGGUGGCCUCCUUCAGAAAGUACAGAGUUAAUGUCCCCGAUGACAAAUCCCUUCUCUAUGAGAAUGCCGAUUCUGAAUCCAAUAUUGCUGGCAGCCGCAAACUUGACCAUACCAAAGACUUCAGUUUCCUGGACAAGGCAGCUGUGGAGACAGAGAAAGACCAGAUAAAGGAGUCUACAGUCGACCCAUGGAGGCUCUGCACAGUAACCCAAGUGGAGGAAUUCAAAGCAAUUAUCCGCCUGCUCCCCAUAUGGGCGACUGGGAUAGUGUUUGCAGCAGUGUACAGCCAAAUGAGCAACCUCUUUAUCCUCCAAGGAGACACAAUGGACAAGCGAGUUGGCCACUCCAAGUUCAAGAUCUCGGCAGCAAACGUCUCAGUGUUCGACACACUCAGCGUCAUCUUCUGGGUCCCCAUCUACGACAGGAUCAUCGUCCCGGCUGUCAGGAAAUUCACAGGCCACAAAAAUGGGUUCACCCAGCUCCAACGGAUGGGAAUCGGGCUCGUCAUCUCCAUCUUCGCCAUGGUCUACCCGGCAAUCCUGGAGCUCAUAAGGCUGCGGAUGGUGAGGGAGCACAACUACUAUGAGCUCGACUCUGUCCCCAUCUCCAUAUUCUGGCAGGUACCGCAGUAUUUCCUGAUCGGGUGUGCUGAAGUGUUCACCUUCAUCGGGCAGCUGGAGUUCUUCUACGACCAGGCGCCUGAUGCAAUGAGGAGCUUGUGCUCGGCUCUUUCCUUGACGACUGUGGCACUGGGGAACUACCUGAGCUCCCUGCUGGUCACCAUUGUUACUGGUUUGACCACCAGAGGAGGUAAGCCUGGGUGGAUUCCUGAUAACUUGAACUAUGGGCACGUGGAUUACUUCUUCUGGCUGCUGGCGGUUCUUAGCGUUGUCAACUUGGUGGCGUUUAUGGUGAUUGCUAACUGGUAUACGUACAAGAAGCCUGUGGGUACUCUGCGCUGAUGUUAUUUUCUUCUUGCUUGCUUGUUUGUGAAGGAACACUGGUGUAAAUAGAUUUCUAAGAUGGUAUUUUCUUGUUUGUUGUGUUUGAUAAUUUCUUUCUUUCAAAAAUUACAUUGUCAAAGAAAUAGCUAGCAGUGUAAUUUGGAUUGAUUGAUGCUCUUACAUACCGUGUACCUCACGUAAACCAUCGACUUGAUAUCAACUACACUUGGUAUUUGCAUAAUGUGGAAUGAUGGAGGUUUCUUUCUUCAAUAAAUAGUUCGGACUCCU